GUCAACAAAAAGAGCGCAUAUUCCUCCCAGUGAUUGAGACUUACAUAUAUCGAUUUUUCAAACUUAUCCUGCUGAGCAAAUGGAUUUCAAUACGUUCAUCGAAAAAGGAGGCAUGUUUGAACCAGAAGAAACUGAAAAAGCUGCCUCCAAUCUGGGUAUGAAACCUACUCAAUAUGUUAAAUACGUGUUUUCCAUGGCGUUUUCUAUUCUUGACGAGUGGAGAGGAGAUAAACCGAAACAUAUUCCAAUUAAGGAAUUACCAAAACGACGUCAACUUCGAAAAACUAAACGACGUGUACAUAGUUGAUGCAAAAUCGCUCGCCAUGUUCAAGGAGUCUUUCAUUAAACCGACAACUAACCCAUUGAUGAAUUUAUAAAUCCACAUACAUAAACCAAAAUUUCUUUGUGCAAUUUAUUGUAAAAAUUCACAAUUUUGAAAAAAAAACUUAGAUUUUCUGAAUUCUC